AUGAAUCAUCAAGGGUUUUUUGGAACUGCAAUUAAACGUAAUUCUAAACACUUGUAAAUGAAAAAGGUAGAGUAGAGUUUCAAUAAUAAGUUAUUUGCAAAUGAAAAUUUAAGAAAAAUUUAAUUGCCAGAAUAACUUACUUAUCAAUAUUGUUUCCAAUUAGAUCAAGGAGUACAUGGUAUAAAACUUCAAUACAAAUCUCCCUCAAAAUAAUUUAAAGAAUCCAAAAAUUUUAAACAAAACAUUGAAAAUACUGAAACAUUAAAGUUUUCUUACAAUCAACAAUUCUUAGUAAAUGAUUUAUCUCCCUUGAUCAAACUAAAAAGAUGUUAACCAGAUCGAGUUAUUUAGAAUCAAAAGAAUCUAGCAUUUGAUUUAUAGUCUUUUGACUUCUUAACUACUAAAAGAGUAAGAGCAUAAUCAAUUGUUGAAGAAAGAGGCUUCUCUCCAGAUUAUAAAAAGAAAAGACCUUAGCUUAACUCAAUUAUUUAUAGACAUCUUCACAGCGAUUCUUAUAGAUAAUAAGAAAAUUAAUCCGAAAAUUACUGA